AUGGCGACAGACCAGAACACAGCUGGUUGUGUUCUGACUGACGAUGACUACCAGGCCUUUCAUGAUGUCCCCUGGAACCGAGCCUCUGACUUCCUGAACGGUGUCAUGUACGCCUGUGGCGGUCCGAAGAAGCUGGAGCGUACUGGUUCGCAGGCCGAAAUUAUUCUGCACAGCAGAAUCUUCUAUUACCAAUCGACUACCGGUAUUGCCAUUCCGUUGAUCGGCUACAAGCGUUGGUUGCGCGCCCAGAGCUACGAGAGAGUGAAGCCCUGGGAGUGGACAAUCCUGGACAUGCUGUGCCAGAAGCGCGAUGAGAGUCUGGCCAAGAGAUUCGGGAACCGGGCUGACAGCCAGGUCGCAGUCCAAGACACGGCAAAGGCCCAACACGAGAAAGAUGUUUGGAUUCACGAGCUGUACAACGGCGACCUCUACGACCCGGCCCCGCAUGAGAUCCAGGCGAAGGAGAAGAUGGACGGUAACGAUGCCUUGCAAUCCGAGCCCGAACACGACCCCUCGAUGUCCGCCCCGAGCUGGCAAACCGCUGCCCCGAAAGGUGAACUAUAUGUGGAUAGGAGAUCGAGUGCUAAUGAGGAGAGUGGCAAAGGUCAAACAGGAGAUGCACCGUACCCCGUCCGCUUUGCCCAGAUCAUUGAGGCCAUCCAGACGGGCAAGCCCGUUGAGGGAAUUCAAGAGAUUCCUGACACCGUCGCGCGCAAUCCUGAUACUCGCCCAUUCGGCACCAUGACUGCCCCUAAGAAGCCCUGGGAGAAGAACGUGAAGGCGGCCGAGAAACUUGAGGAGCCAGGCUACGCCGUCAUCGAGAAGGACUUUCCCGACGACGGCAAGAGCGAUACCUAUGACUAG